UAUACGUUCGAGUCGCUGGUGCAUCGCGCAGCUUAGCGUGAUAAGAAACACAAUUAAGGCGCAUGACAAGCACGUCAACUCACGCCAGCAUGAUAGAGAUAUCAGAGUAUAACGUGGCAGAAAAUUCAGAAUAAAUUAAAAUAUUAUCUUUGACGAGGCCUUCGUUGCUUUCCCCGACUCCAUGGAAGAAGCGCGCGCUCAUUUCCAAAGUGUCUAAACGCGCGACAAAAAAGUCCGGCAAUGAAAGUAGAAGAAAAAAAAAGAGAGAGCAACAGAAACGUGAAACACAGCCGACACGGCGCUUUGAUCACGUGGCUUCAACCCUUCUCGCAUUUUUUUUUUUUUUCGUACCCGCUCAUUUAAAUUUUUUCACGAUCACCGCGGGGCACUCUCCCUCGCGCUGAGCCCCGGGUCCCCCUUCUAUUUUUCUGUUCUUUCUUUUUUUUCUCGUUCUUUUUUUUUUUCCACUGCGUUCAUCGCUUGGCGGCGCGUGGCCGUAGCGUACAGAGCGUCGGCCACUCGAAGCGGCGGUCCCGACAGGCCCGUCUAGACGGUGGCCGCCCGCCCUCGCCUCCGCGCAUCGUGCGGGUUCUAUGCCUCGGCGACGGCUCGUAGACGGCGGUGGUCGUCGGGCUCGCUGCCGACUUCGCCGCCGUCGCUUCUUCGAACCUUCUCGGCGCGAUCUCGCGAAGGUCGCCGACGCAAGAGGCGCGGGCGCGUGCUGCAGCUGCCGCGUGCUGCUGCGGCUGCUGCUGCUGCUGCUGCGAUGAUUGCGAGACGCCUGCAGGCAGGCAGGCGGUCGCACCAAACACAGCAGCAGCAGCAGCUGAGGAGGACGCCUUCGCUGUAUCGACCUCCCCACUCCCCUCCGCCCCCCCCCCCCCCCACCCUCGCCAGUGGUUCGCGUUGAAGCCGCCGCCUCCUCGCGAAAUGGGUUAAAACCGCGGCUCUCCCGAUGCCGCGACUUCGUCACGCGUUCCGUCGCGGCCGAGACGCUUCUCGGUGUUCCUCCCCUCUCCGUCCCCGCCUGCUGCUUCGACUCGGCGAGAGACGUCGACGGACGACGCCUCCUUGUUCUUCCGCGAAAGACUUCCUUGCCUUCCUUGCACGGUGAAAAGCCACACCAACCUGCAAGGGGCCUGCCAUGCUGCUGGAACACCGGACCCGUAUUGGCGAACAGCGCCCGGCGUCACCGACAACAUGUCACCGGAGUGCGAUGAAAGAGGCCAGUGAGGCCGAGGAAUGUCGCAGCAACGGCGGCAGCCCCGGCAGCGCGGCGAGCACCACGAGCGGCGGCGGCAACGGCGCGGCGGGCUCUUCCUCGGCGCCGUCGAGCGCCGGCGGCAUCGGCGGCGGAGGCUCGCGCAGCCCGCCGCUCCCGGGCGCCGCAUCCUCGACGACGGGAGAGCUGGCCUUCCUCUCGAACCUGCUGGGACGACGCGAGGCGCCGCGCGACAAGGUCUUCACUUGCACUGUCUGUAGGCGAUGCUUCGGCUACAAGCAUGUGCUGCAGAACCACGAGCGCACGCACACGGGAGAGAAGCCGUUCGAGUGCCGCGAGUGCCACAAGCGCUUCACGCGCGACCACCACCUGAAGACGCACAUGCGGCUGCACACGGGCGAGAAGCCGUACCACUGCACGCACUGCGACCGCCAGUUCGUGCAGGUGGCCAACCUGCGCCGACACCUGCGGGUGCACACCGGAGAGCGGCCGUACGCCUGCGAGCUGUGCGACUCCAAGUUCUCCGACUCGAACCAGCUCAAGGCGCACAUGCUCAUCCACAAGGGCGAGAAGCCGUUCGAGUGCCAGCUCUGCUUGGGCCGCUUCAGGCGCCGCCACCACCUCAUGCACCACAAGUGCCCCAAGGACGAGGCGAACGCCGGCAAGCCGCGCCGCGGCCGGAGGCCCCGCGCCUACGAGGUGGCCGUCUCGCCGCCUUCCUCCCUGGCCGCGACGGCCGCGGUGCCCGUCAACAACAGCCUGGCCGCUGCCGCCGCGCUCUCGCCCACCGCCGCAGCCGCCGCCGUGAUCCCGCCCGCGGCCCAUUCGGUCAUCGGGGGACCUCCCGGCGAGCCGCCCAAGAGCCGGCGGAAGCCGCGCCACACGAUCCGCAUCCUGACGCCACAGCAGCGCGACCUGUUCCUCGAGACGGAGCAGACCGAGCCGCUGGACAUGUCCAUGUCGCCAACGCCGCUGCUGCUGCCGUCGACGCCGUACCGCUACCCGACGCCCGGCGUGCUCGACCUGUCCAGCUCGCGGUCCGACUCCGAGGCUCCCGAAGACGAGGAGGACGGCGAAGAGGACAUCAUGGAGGAACCCGAGGAAGAGGAGCAAGACCUGCGCAUCAACCACGACCACCGACGCAAGGAGCUGCUCGCCGAGCGGCUGCAGGGCGUUGUCGACCACCACCGACUCGCGGCCGUGGACCACCGGCUCACGGCGGUUGACCACCGGCUGGGCGUCGGCAUCGACCACCGUCUUGCCGUCGACCACCACCGGCUGGGGGAGCGGCUCGAGGACCGGCUGGCCGCGGGCUUCCAGCUCGACCUGGUGCGGCGCCGGGGCCUUGCCCACGGGCUGGCGCUGCCGCACGUGCUCCCGCCCGUCCUGGCGCGAGGCCUGUCCAGCUCGCCGGACCACGACGGUGACAACACGAGCAACGGAUCCUUCGCCCUGGCCGCCUCGUCCUAGCCCGAUGCUGCGGCCCCUUCCUCUCCGGCGGAGCAGAGGAAGUAUCUUUGCACUUCCUCGCACGGACUCCCAUGUCGGCGUCUCCCGUUGUUAAACCCUCCCCCCAGUUCCCCUGCCUCGUUGUUCCGCGAGGCCGCCUGUCCAGUGCGGGGCGUGCCGACCGUCGUUGUGCUCCACUAUAUAAGCGGGGAGACCCGCGUGCGUGUGUUGUAACGGACUUGUGUGGACACCAUUUGCCACUCGACGAUUGUAGCGAGUGUGAGUGUGCCUGCCAACGGGUAUCGAGCGAGGUUUAAAAAGAGGAAAUCAAACGUUUUUUGACGGUUGAAUAUCAAAAAAAGUGGCGCGCUCUUUAUUUUCCUUGUAUGUAUUUUGCGAAGGUGUUUGUGAACGUAUAGAAUAUUAUACAUACAUAAAUAUAUUAUAUAAAUAUAUAUACAUAGACA